UCUACUUUUACUCAAGUACAAGAUCUGAGUACUUCUUCCCCUUCUGGUUGCUACAAUGUCGAUUUUAAACGUUUUGUUUUUACAAAGAUAAAGUUCCAAAUGUGUAUUUUCAGCUUAUUAUUUGCCUAUGUAUUGGGAAAAUACUGAAUGUACUCUUCCAAUAUCAGAGUACACAUGAUAACAAAGGUAUCCCAACUGUAGCUGUACAUGACAGGAUGUAUGAUUAUCUUGAAGAGCAUCAGGACUGUUUUAGGCAUAUAGCUACGUGACAACAAUUAACGUUUCCCAUUUUGCAUAAUUGUUCGAACUCUAUGCAAACAACCGUUGCGACUGACCGAUUUGCAUGAACUCAGAUGACUGGCUAACUGUAAACUAGAUAUAUAUUAAACACUGUCAGCGGUAACAACACCCGCAAUCAGAGAGCAAACAACGAUGGACGCCGCUCUACUGCUGAUCAUGGCAGCUGCAGGCAAGUCUUUUAUGGAUUUGGAUAUAUUUAAUUUUGCUAUUGAUUAUUUCAUGUAAACCUGAGGGGUGGUGGGAUAAAUGACGAGAUUAUAUUUCUGAUUCUAUUUGACAAUUGAUUGUUUUGCAGACUUUACAUCUGUUAUCAUGUUUUAAAGGUAAUCGUCUAAAAUAGGUGCAGCUGAAUGCUAAAUAUUUCACUGUGAAUUGUGAGAAGGAGAAGUCCAGAUGUAUCAUGAUAAUUACACAGCCUACACUGAAAAAUUAAACAUUGAGGAUGUAUUAUGUCAACAGAUUACACAUAACUGUAUUGGGUUAGUUGAAAGCGGUAAUAUUAAGUUGAACCCAGUAUUACUUAUUUAAACUUAAUAUUAUUGCUUUCAACUAACCUAAUACAGUUAUGUUAAAUCUAUGUAGACACAAUACAUUUAAUUAAAGUCAACGUUAAAGUAUUUUCCGUGUGAUUAUGUGAUUUUAAAAAGUCAAGUUAUACCCUAGAAUCUAGAUGAAUGUCUGUGUCUCCACAGGGCUGAGCGCUGUCUCAUCACAUGCUGGACGUCAGUACCAUUUUGUUUAUGAAAAAAUGACCUUUGAUGAAGCACAGAGAUACUGCCGAGAGAAUUACACAGACCUGGCCACUGUAGACAGCAUGGAGGUUGUGACUCUCCUGCACAGCAUGGGAGGGUAUGUUGGCGUGAUGGCCUGGAUAGGGCUGUACAAUGACGUGGACAGCUGGAGCUGGUCACUGUCAGACACAAGCUUCUACAAACCGGGGGAGACGGAGUUCAGACGGUGGGAGUCUGGAGCACCACAGAAUGAAAUUGGGAUGAUACUGAUUGUAACAACCGCUUUAGGGCAGUCUGCUUCGAUGUCAGUGAAAGUAGAAACGCCACUGACCACGAUGAAGACUUGUUCGGCUGCAAAUUUCCACAAGUCUGGAAAAUGGGCGGACGGGAGCUGUGGGUGGAAGCUACAAUUCAUUUGCUACAGACAACCUGUUUCAAUGCAAGUGAUCAAAGUGAGGUCCAAUGUGGAUCUGAACGACCGCGCUUUUCUGGAUGAGUUGUUGGUGAAGAUGAAGAAGGAAAUGAGGGACAAGGGCUUGGAUGACAACAUCCAACUGAGCUGGAAGAAGCAGGCGGAUGGACAAGUCUUCCAUAAGGAGGAGGAGAAGAGGGAUGAGCUUUAAAACUGAAUUGCUUUGUCGGCUUGCAUCAGAGAAAAGUGUAUUUCUUUCCUAAAUGUCCUCAUGCAAAAGAAUACAGCCGCAACAACGAGAUGAUUAAUGAAUUAUUUACAAUUAUUUUUGAUAGAAGAUUUGAUGCUUUUCCUUGUAGUUCUUGAUUGUUUUUGUUCAUCAUCGGCUUUGCCUGUAAGAAAUAGUACCACAUUUAAUCUUAAAACAUUUGUAUUCUCUCAUUGUUAUGUCUCGGAA